AUGGCUACUGAGCUUACCGUCCAGUCGGAGCGCGCCUUCCAAAAGCAGCCUCACAUUUUCAAUAACUCCAAGUCUAAGGUCAACCGCAGCAACAAGCGGUGGUACAAGGAGGUUGGUCUUGGCUUCAAGACCCCCAAGGAGGCUAUCCGUGGUACUUACAUUGAUAAGAAGUGCCCCUUCGUUGGUCAGGUAUCUAUCCGUGGUCGCAUUCUCACCGGAACUGUCGUUUCUACCAAGAUGCACCGCACCAUCAUCAUCCGUCGUGAGUACCUGCACUACAUUCCCAAGUACAACCGUUAUGAGAAGCGCCACAAGAACCUUGCUGCCCACGUCAGCCCUGCUUUCCGUGUGAACGAGGGUGAUGUUGUGACUGUUGGCCAGUGCCGUCCUUUGUCUAAGACUGUCCGUUUCAACGUGCUCCGCGUGGCCAGCACAUCUGGCAAGUCUAAGCAGUUCUCCAAGUUCUAA